AUGUCUAUGAUUUGCCACUCUUCUCCACAGUCUGAUUUCUGUCCUCCACAUUUUGAUGAAGCUCUAGAAAUGGUGGAAGAGACACACAUAAAAUCAUGUAGGGUUGAAGAAUGGUUUGUGGAAACAGGAACUGAUUCCACCUUUUAUGCUGCACAAGAUGUUCUUGCCAGCUGUAGAUCUUCAAAAUUAUGCAAGGUGGAGGCUGCUCAUAACUACCAUUCUUCACAUGGAGUCAUUAAAUCCUUUGUUUAUAUUGAUGACAUAAGUAGAGGUGAAGAAAGAGUGAAAGUUUCCUUGGAGAAUGGAAGAAAUGCUGGAGAUCUGCCAAUCUUUUUUCACAUCCCCAAUAAUUUAGUUUAUAAGAACGCCUAUGUGAAAUUUUCACUUGCUCGUAUAUCUCAUGAGGAUUGCUGUUCACAUUGUGUUGGGGAUUGUUUGACAUCACCAGUACCUUGCGUCUGUGCGGCUGAGACUGGGAGUCAGUUUGCAUACACUCCAGGAGGAUUCGUCAAGGAGAAGUUUCUGGAAGAAUGUAUAUCCUUGAAGCGGGAACUUAAACAAGACCACUACUUGUAUUGUAGAAACUGCCCACUUCAAAGGUCUAAGGAUGAGAAGAGUUCCGUGCCAUGCAAAGGCCAUUUGUUACUGAAAUUUAUAAAGGAAUGCUGGUGUAAAUGCUGGUGUAAUAAGAAAUGUGGAAACCGGAUUGUUCAGCAAAGCAUCACUGUGAAGUUGCAGGUGUUUUUGACACCCGAUGGGAAAGGGUGGAAUCGUCGAACACUGGAGGACUUGCCACCAGGGGCUUUUGUUUGUGAGUAUGUUGGAGAGAUAUUAACCAACACAGAACUACAUGAGCAAAAUGUGGGAAGUCCUGGUAACAAGAAUACACGCUACCAAGUUCUACUAGAUGCAGGCAGGGGUUCGAAGGGUGUCUUGAAAGAUGAAGAGGUCCUUUGCUUGGACGCUACUGUUUACGGAAAUGUUGCGAGGUUUAUCAAUCACAGAUGUUCUGAUGCUACCUUGGUAGAGAUCCCUGUGGAAGUGGAGACCCCAGAUCAUCACUACUAUCAUAUUGCCCUUUUCACAACAAGGAAGGUUGAUGCCAUGGAGGAGCUGACCUGGGACUAUGGCAUCGACUUUCAUGACCGUGAUCAUGAUAGUGGCCACCCCAUGAAGCCCUUCCAUUGUCUCUGUGGAAGCCCGUUCUGUCGCAAUCAUAGUGAUAUGAAGGGUGAUGUGCGCCUACUCACUUACGUCCGACGGCGACGUAGGGUGUAGCUUCAUUAAAAACAAGAGAAAAAGACAUAUUGUGAUGGUUUGGUCCAUUAUUAUGCAAUUAGAUCCAUGAGGUUUGGACCUGAUUCUAUGAAAGUGCUUAGAGUUUUGACCUCAUUCUAUUUUAACACUUACCAGUUUGGAGUUGAUUUAGUUUCAACAUCCCCAAGAAUAUAUGCAAGGCAAGGCUAGACACCUGGUACUAUGAAUUAGCGCAUUAUGAAAUUGAAGCACCAUUUGGAUUUCAGAUACAAAAUAUAUAUAUAUAUAUAUUAUAUUUAUUUAAAUUUUAAAUUUUUUUUAUAUCAUAGACUUUUCUAGGAUGUUGACUUUAUGUGAUGAACCCCAUUUUCCCAUUAUCAACUAUAUCUUUAUCUUUUACUUUCACCUAGCUAUUUACCACUAGCUGUAACUCGUGUAACUCGUUAUUUACUUUUAUGUUGCUAAGAGACAACUUGGAAGCUGUAUUUAAGCGUUUGUUGACCCUAUUUUUGGAUUAUUAUUGAAUUGAGUUAAUUUCUAUUU